CACACGCAACAGCAAUAAUAAUGGUAUUAGAAGAUAUCACGUGUUUAUUCAGAAUCCAGCAAGACCAAUCACCAAAAAGACAAGUUAAGAGAAAAUGUAUGUCCAGCAAGCAGUUCAGGCACCUGAAAUCGAACAUGAAUAAAUAACUCUGCUCUACCCCCUCAUAAAUCCCCUCUCUCCUCCAUUAACACCCCCCCUCAAACUCCCUUUCCACUCCUCUUCAUGCCAGAAAGUUGCAAUUCUCGCCACUUCUCAUGGCUAAUGAAAUCUUGCUUCCCAAACCCACAAGACCCCACCUCCAAACCCCUCUCUCCAAACCCUAUAAUCACCAUCUCCAUCCCCACCACCACCACCCUCUCUUCUCUUUCAGAUGACCUUCUCUUAGAAUGCCUCUCUAGAGUCCCUUCCUCUUCCCUCCCUUCCAUUUCCCUCGUUUGCCGCCGCUGGUCCCUCCUCCUUCACUCUCCUUCUUUUAUCUACCUACGCCGUCUCCACCAUCUCAUCCACCCCACCAUCUUCACUCUGUCCGCCCCUUUUGCCGCCUCCCUCCGACUACCAGAUGACAAUGAUGCCGAUACCAAUGACCCUUUGUGGAAAGUUGCUUCGUGUCUUCCUUUUCCUGUAGCCUCAUUGGAUAGCCUUUCUCACGCUCGUCUGUCUGCAAUUGGAUCAAGGAUCUAUAUCAUUGGACGAAACGAAACGUUUUGUUAUGAUGUCUGGAGUGGCAUAAUUACUUCAAGAUCUUCAAUGAUUUACCCUAGAAAGAAAUUUGCUACUGCAGUGCUUUCGGGUAAAAUUUAUGUCGCAGGAGGCGGGUCACGAGCGGGGGCAGCAUUGGAGGAGUAUGACCCAGACACUGAUACUUGGCGCGUGGUGGCACAGGCGACAAGGAGGCGAUAUGGUUGCAUUGGGGCUGCCGUUGAUGGCGUGUUUUAUGUGAUUGGAGGACUUAAAAUAGGUGCCGCCUUGGAGAAUGAAGUCACACGCGCCGCUUCAGCAGGGGCAGAGGCUUAUGUGUAUGCCAGUUCGAUGGAUUUGUUUGAUGUGGAGUCGCGUGCGUGGUUAAGGAGUAGGGCCGUUCCUGGUGGCGGGUGUGUGGUGGCUGCAUGUGCGGUGGCAGGGUAUGUUUAUAUUUUAACUAGCCACGCGGUGGAGUUAUCAUUCUGUCGCUUUGAUGCCCGUAGGCGGGGUGGCGGCAGCAACGGUAAGGGAUUUGGAGAGUGGUGUAGGAUAAAGAGCCCACCAUUGCCAGCACAAGUUAGGCUGGACAGUACAGUGAGGUUUAGUUGCGUAGGAGUCGAAAACAAGGUGGUGUUAAUUCAAGUCAGUGGGUGCAUUGAUGAUUUGUUAAGGAGAAGUGGAAGGAAUGUUCGGGGAUUGAAAGAGGGAUUGGUAUUGGUUUAUGACUGUGUUAGUGGGGUGUGGAGUAGAGGGCCUCAUUUGCCGGAGGUGAUUCGACGCGCCACCUGUGUGACUGUGGAAUGCUAGAGGGUGAAAAUCCGAACUAAAAGUUUUUUAGCCAUUCAUUAUUGUGGUGCAUGUUAGGCAAAGUUGUGUUACUGGGGCUACCUUGCGCAUGUCGUUUAGAUAGCAGACAAAAUCAUGGGUGUACGUGACAUGUUUUAAUUAUACUUUUACUACCGUUUACGAUAAGGAAAAAAGUGGCGUCUCCAGUGGAUGGGUUGCUUGUGCGAAGGGAGUGUGAAAUAAUUUUUUAAUUGAUUUGAUUGGCCUUUUCAUGGCUUGAGAAAAAGAAAUCGAGCAACGGACAAAUCUUCGUGUCUGUAUUCUUAGAUUUGUUAUUUGUCAAAGAUGGCUGUCUUUCAGGUGUGUUUGUAAA